CGGAAACACACAAACAAAACACAUCUCCAGGUCACCUUUACACACCUAACAUUAUCCUGCUUGUGUACCCGUACUGCAAUGUUUGAUACGUCUCUGAAUGUGGCAAAAAGGCGGAGUCAAAGAGCAUUAUUUGUUAUUAAUGACACAUUUUUUGUAGAGAGGAAAAGAAAUAAAUAGAAAAAGAAUAGAUGCCCUCCAGGGGGACAAGGGUAAUUCUGUAAGAAUCCUCAACUGGGAGGGAUGCUGUGUAAUAGCUUCCAUUUCUGAUGGGGAACGCUGUUUAACUGCUUAAGUUUUGAUGUUUGCAUCCAGUAUUCAUGAGCACAAACGACUUUGGAGGGAUUACAGAUGCCUGCUCUCAGUGCAGAAUAACUACUGGCAUCUUAGAUUUGGCUUGUGAGGUAGGAAUGAAAAGUGCUGUAGGGUGUCAGCUGGGAAAAAUACACGUCUUACCUACAAAGAGAGACAUUCAGAUAUGAUUCAGGCACUUGUCAUUACUUUAUCACAUUAUUCAAAGACUCCAGACAUUUUUUUUUUCAACAAUCAGGAAGCCGCAGCGGUGGAAAAAUGAGAUUGUAAUUUAUGGUGAUGCAGUCACUCUUCAUGUGGAAAUAAAUUGAACUUUGUAAAUGAAUACAGAUCUGAUUUUUCUGUUUGUUUGUUCCGAGCAGUGGUCCUGAAAAGUCAGUAAAACGCUGACAUCCUAUCGCAUUAAAAGCCUGUUAGUAUCUGAUUUCAUUCAAAUUGCUCAGACAGAUGGUAUUUACAACCUGAGACAACCUCAUUUUGGGUCAAACUUGGACAUGCAGAGGGGUAAGGACUUUGGAUUCCUGUAAACUAUACCACACCAGGUCUGCCUUUAGCUGCAAACCCAACUUCCUUUAAUCAUGCAAACUCACCAUGUUGUCUAAAAAAAUCCAAUAACUCUGAAUUUAGUCAUCAGAAAUCGAAACUUAAACUGUUUUUUGAAGCAGGUUGUAAUCGGGUUUAUUUCUGUAGUUAUGAUUUCUGCAGGGAGGGGUCCGGUCACUGCAGCGGGUCUUUAAUCAUCAGUCAGUGUCCAAAAAUGGCUGAAGGCCUAAAUGACACAUUUUCAACCCCUUAAAAGUUCAAUUUAACAUUUUUGUCAUCGCACUAGAAUCCCUGCGGGUGUUUUUUUGGCAGCUAUUUUUAGGCACAGAUUCUGGAUUCACAUUAGAUAGUUGUACGUACUUUGGGUUGACCAGGGGUCUCCUAGUUGGACAUGCCUGGAAGACCUCUACAGGAGGUAGAGUACAUCUCCACAGGAGGUCUGUGUGCAGAAAUGACCACAAGAUAAAUAAACGUUUGUCUGAUUUUUGCAGGAAAUUUCUCCAAAACAACCCGGAGAGGUCGAGUGGAGGGAUCGAAUUAGCUGAGGGGAUGCCAUCAGGCAAUUUACAACUUUAACCCUGAUUAUACUGUGAGUGAAUAAUCUUUAACCUACUUAUUUCUGCUGCAAAGCUGGUGUUGUUAGCCAGUUUGAGGACCCAGUCUGAGCAGCUGCACUGAGACUCUGAUUUAAUGUGUCCCUCACCCAUCUGCAGACCUGCUCCCAACACCUUUAUUAAGUCUGUAGUGCAUUGAGAAUAUACUCUCUAGUUAAAGUGGUGCUCCAGGACCUCUUUUAUGGCACCCUUACUUAGUGUUGAUGCCAGUUUGGACAGAACUGCCUGUUCAGACCAGCUGUCUUAUCAACAACUACAGCGAGCAUAAAUCCAUUUUAUCUCAAAUAGGGUUUAAAUAGCUUUGGCCACCAUUUCCCAUCACUGUGAUAAUGUAUUCUCCAAAGUGAUUGCUGGGAACUGGGAAUACAUUGACAUCCACAGAGGUCCAAUGGGGGCAAGAAACAAGCUGUUAGACAAUUAAACAGCCUGUGAACAAGCUAACAGUUGCUCUCGUGCUCCAUGACCUGCAAAGCAAUCAGCAAACGCAUGUUUAUCAUCCGCAGUCGUGACUCACAGCGAAGCUUAAACGGAACAAAGCAGUGGUUAUGUUGUUAGCAACACCUCUGCUUUUAUCUACACCCAGAGAGAAUAAUUCAUCUCCUCGUCACGGCUUACGGGAGCAUCUAAAUGUGACAGAGCCAUUGUUAAUGUUAUUAGUCACACCUGUGCUUUCUGGGAAUGACAGGUGAAGAUAUCUGCUGAGGAAACAGUUUAGUGACAAGCUUUCUCGUGAAGUUUUAGGAAGUUAUGAACUGGCUGACAAACAAUGUUUUAGCAAAAAAAUCUGCCCGAGGCGAACAAGAGCGCUCAAAAGGAUGUGUGAGGGGUAGUAUGUGUGUAUGCAAGAUAUCUAAAAGACAGUUUGAGUGUGUGCUGCAUCCGAGAUGAAGUUUUACUAUCUUAAAUGUGAAUUUACAGUCUGCUAACUCCUAAUAUUUAAUCUAAAUGUUAACGCUUGCUCUUAAUCCCAGAUGCAACAUUUAUCCCUAAUAGCCUUUUAAUGAUAGAAAUUUAGGAUCUUUUGUGCAAAAAAGCAGCAUUAGGAAAAUACUGUUAACUAUGGAGACAUCACGGUGGUGAAAUAUUUAACAGAAAUUCAAUCAACCUGUUACAUGACCACAAGGCAUGUAGGAUUGUGGGUUAAGUGAACAGUCAGGGAUGGAAAGAGUAGUUAAAUACUCUUACUACAUAAUAAAAUAACAAAUCUUUGGCAGUCAAAGCCUCAUAUAUAGAGGUUACAGUCCAUGUCGCAGUGGUCGCUGGUUUGACUCCCAGCCAUGACCCUUAUUUGCUGCAUGUCUUUCCCAACUCUCUCUACCGCCAUCAAUACAGGCUAAAAUGCCCAAAGGUGUAACUCAAGAAUGACCCCCCCAAAAAAAAAAUAUAUAUAUAUGUGCAACCACACAAAAACAAAACAAACUCCAAAAUAGCAGCAGCGUGAGUCAAUGCAAUUUUUAACUUCCGCUCUCGUGAACAAUUAAGCUCGGUAAUUUAGAUUAGGCUGAUCCUAACAUAUGGUUAAUGCAGGACACUAACUGUUACAAGAGUGUGUUAUUGUUAGCUCUUAAUUAGACCCUUAACUUUAAUGGUGUGAAUGUAUUUUUAGUGUUUCAAGUCAAAUUUCCAGAGGCUUCACACCACAAAGAGAGAGAGAGGGAGAGAGAGCUGUCAGGGUUUGUUUCAGGUGAGGCAAGUCAGAGCUGCCUCCCUCUCUCUCUCUCUCUCGCUCUAUCUCCUUUCAUUACAUAUGACAUGAAGCCAACCAUUCUACUGAGCUGAGAAAGCUGCACGUGUUGUAAUGCAUGGGCAGCUCCAUCUGGUGGAUCUGACACACAUUAAUACUGAAGGCAACAUGCAGCACAUUAUCAGAGAAAUACAGCAGAUUUAUGUGAGUCAGAUUAAAGUAUAGAGCGAAUUUCACCGCCUCUAGACCAUGAUGUAAAUAUGCAUUUUUUAUAUCAGAGGGACACAGUUACUGGCAGUGAAAACAUGCAUCCUACUGGGACAAUGACAGACAAUAAACACACUCAAAUGCAUUCAUCCAUAGUUCAAAAGCCACAAAUCCAUCUUUUUGUCUGUCCUCACCACACCUUCCACACUGCAUCCCCAGUUCACCCGUCUCUCUCUGCUUAAUGCUAAUUAGCUACAUAAAAGGCUUUGCAAGUCAUCCUGCACUGCUGUUUUGGACCGAGCACAAGGGUCGAUGCCUGUGCUCGCAGCCGUGCAACGCUUAUCUGCAUGCCAGUGGCAAAGACGUUUCAAAACAAGCUCUCCAAGCUGGCACGGCCUCACUGUGACAGGAGGCACGGGCACGAAACAACCAGAUGAUGACACCGUGGGAGAUGGGAAAAGGGCAAGAGCUGGUCAGUGCACCAGAUCCUUAAUCAUCAAUCAGAGUCAAAAAUAGCUGUUACAUCAACCUAAGUGCAUGAAUGACACAUUUUCAAAUCAGACAGAGUCCAAUUGAGGGUUAUUCUUGACACUGGAACCACUGCGGGUUGUUUUUCAGCCUUUUUGGCACAGAUUUCAGAACAACACUAGAUAGUUUUAUGCUAAUUUUAGGGACAGUUAGAUUGGAAGAAGGAAACUGGUGCAAAUAACUCACAUUUUACACCAUGUAGGUCCUGUUUUACAUGCUUAACCACUUGAAUAGGAAUCUGGCAUUGACUUUAGUCUUACUAUCUGCUCUGAACAGCUCUAAGUAAAGAGAAACCACCAAGGGACUUUCAACAUGAUGAGAGGCUAAUGAGAUGAUACUUCAACCGGGGAAAAAAGAGCCAUAGCCGGAGUCCUGGCGGUGACGUGAGGUUGUUUUCAGGGUAAGAAUGAGUUGUGACAGGUAACUUUAGUCAGAGCUGAAGUGCAUUAAUAUUUGAUCAGUUUGGCCCUUUCUCUCAGGAGGAGCCCUCCAGGGAGAUAUCUGGUGCUGGAGUUUUAGGAGGUGGUUCAUGAGGCUCUGUCGGCCCAUAUAACUCUAAAUCGAAGCACAAAGGGGAGAAUAAGUAAGCCAUAUUUUCAGAGAUCACUGCACCCUUAGUAAAACAGCACAACUACAGUAACCAUGAAUGGAUGAUUUGGACUUUAUUUCAAACUUCUUCAGGCUGAAACUGAGCAUACACUUGAAAUUUGCUCAUGUAACACAUUAUUAAACAAAACAGUCACAGCAGAGAGGCAGCAGCCGAUCUCUUUCUUCUGACUUUAUCAUCUCUGCUGUAUGCCUCAGGGCAGAGUACAGAGAGCUCCAUAACUCUGCCGUUAACCACCCAUCGCUCAUAUUCAAUAUCCUAGGAAGCCGUCAUACAUCAAAAGCCCUGCUGAGUUGUAAACAUUACAGCAGCAAUGGUGGAAAAAUGCAAAUCAUAACCUCGUUUGAGUCAUUUUUAUGGAUUCGUGCCCUGACGUACCUUAUAUCUUCUCUUCAAAAUGCUGCAAAGUCUGCAUCAGAAACGUCUAUUUCAUGUGUCGGCAUAUGGACAGAUCCCAAAAAGAGGAAUAAACCACAUACUGAAAGCAUGAGUCACAUCAAGAGCUUUUCUGUCACCUUCUCGGUCUGUUACGGUUUUCAUCAUGAAAACAUCAUGACUCAGAUGAAGAGCAGACAUGCACUCUAUCUAUUUUAACAAGCAGAAGAGGACUUCUAUUAAAAUGUCAGAGUUUUAUCAAUAUUUAACUUUGUUUUUGCUCUGAAAACAAGAUCAAUUUUUUAGUAUUUGUAAAUAACUGUCAUGGCUUGUGCAAAAUUUAUGUGCUGUCUCGCAGAGAUGAUAAAUGUUGGUCCUCUAAUGAAGAAUUUACCUCCUGGGAAUAAUAAAGUAUUCUGAUUCUGAUUCUGAACGGUUGUUCGUCUUCUCCUCAGCUGCAGAAAUAUAACAGAUUAAAUAUGUUACAAAAAUUAUACUUCUUUCUCAAUCUGUCUGGAAGUUAAGUGAUUUUAUGAUCGUUUCAGGGGAACAAAAGCAUCUGAAAUAAUCUGACUAGAGCUGUGGAUUUGUUUGAAGAAAGUUUCAUGAUCAAUGUUAUUGAACUCACAACGCCUUUGUUGAAAAGUCUAUAAAACUGUCAUGCAGCUCAAUACCACAAAGAUGAGAGAAGUCCAAGUUGGCAGCGCUGUGUAACACAACAGCUGUUCAGUCUGUGAUUGAGUUUAGACGAGCUGCCAAAGAAAGAAGAGAAAGUGACGAUUUUUUUUUCAGCAGUAAAAAAGGUACCAUUCCUAAAAUCUUGACAGCACAUGCAGUUUUAAACAUGAUACUGCAGCGCUGAGGUGACCUGAAGCAAGAUCAGUGUCAAAGCAGUGCCCUCUACUGCCCAAACACUGCUGUAGGGAGCUUCUGCAGCACUUUUUCACUUAUAGUUUUUAGUCCAGUGCAGCUAAGUGUAAAUUGAGCAUGCACCAGGGAAUUGUUUGGAAUUGGCUGUUAUUGGAGUCUGGGCUGGAGUAUUUAUAGAAGGUACUGAUGCAAGAAACAAUAAAGAUUUAAUAAUAACACAAAAAUCACAGAUCCAUGAAAUAUAAAUGAAAAGCAGCAGACCAAAUCUACACCACUGCACAGUCGGUUUACUAUGUAAUGGAUUAGUAUAUAUAUCCAUAUUACCCCAAAUAACCUCAAUACAAUUUUUGCAGCCUCAAAAACUGUCUAUGAAGUCAAAGAAUACUCAAUCAACUCUGAGACAACUGCGGUAAUGACAACAGAUGGAUGAAUUCAUCUGCCCUGCAAGGCUCCUGCAUCUGCCUGAUGUAGCUUACAAUAGCCAACACAAGGAGCUAUAGCUUUCUUUAAUGUUGUGUUAGAUGGUUAUUAUAAAGUUAGGGUUAGGGAUAGGUUUUAAAAAUUGUAAAAUGUACAAUUUACAAUACAAUGCAACAAUAACCAUAACAUUUAUAAGUUAUGGUUAUUGUAAAGUGUUACCAGAGUUUUGAAUUUUACUUGAUUAUUUCAAGACUUGGGUCAGGGAUCCAUUUCAGACACAGCCUAUGUGUUAUUCAUGCUCAAUCUAAGGCAAAUAUUCUAUAAUUUUCUUUUAUGAUAAAUAAGUGCCUUGUUUGUUUGUUUAUAAUUCAAUAAAAAAAAAGAAAAAAAAAGCUGAGCCUGCCUUAAAAUCCACAUGAAGCCCAUAGGAGUUCUAGCAUUCCUCCAGAGGUGGCGCUGUAGCUAAUUACGAGUCAUUUGGCCCUUUAACUCUGACGUUUCAGAUUUCCUCCACGUUGGCCGCACAUGCGCAGAGAGUGCGGUCACCUGCUGGGGAAUCUGAAGCGAACAAGGAAGUCUAGCACAGAGGACUGAGACUGGAUGUCAGGCUAAACGAAAACCAAAACACUUCUCCGCCGUAAAGUAGUCACCUGCCCGUCAGCUGUUUGCUCCAUCGGCGUGGAAAGAUGUUUAAAAAGCUGAAGCAGAGGAUAAACGAGGAGCAGUCCCCGCUGAGGAGUGCGCAGUCACCACCGCAGGCCCAGGUUAGUGGAAGCUAACUCAGCUAGCCUAGCUUCUUCUGUUUACACUGUAGAGAAACGUAUCUGUUUCGCUUAUUAAUCUUUCUCCAUAAGCUGUCAUUUUGGUUUGUGAGUUUCUCCUCCUUGCUUUCUUCUUGUUCGCACUCAGUCAACCCGUGUAGCUCUUAAACUUAUCUGUCAUCAACUGCUGCCAGUCUGGUGCGUUCAGGUACACAUUUAACUCGUAAAUCUCGUUAUCCCAGAUGGUCAAACACAACAAUUGCCAGUUGCCAAUACUCGAGAUAAAGAUCUUAAAAUAGCCUCUGAGAUAGCAUGGGUGUGUCUGUUGUAAUGUGACUUGGACGGCAGCUGGCAGCUUUAUUUUGACAGAUGUAAAUCCCGCCUGUGCCGGACGCUCGUCCUGCUUUCGUAGCUCAUGAAUAUUAAAGGGCAGUCCACCGGUUUCCAACAUUACGAAGUUAGGUGCUGUUCUGAGCAUUAUUUGUGGCUAUAGAGCGGCGUUUUGGUUGAGCUAAAGUUGGUAUAACUAGACAAGCAAGCAGUUGAUAACAUUCAUCUCUCGGGGGGUGUCUAACUCGGUGUUAUGGUGUGUUUGACCCUAAAUUAAUUUUAUGUCGGAAUAUCCCUUUAAGCCUGUGCACACAUGCAUUCGUACAUGCAGGAGGACUUCAUUUAGUUGUUGUCUAAAGAUCUCCUCAAGUGAUCUCAACCUCUAUCCACAGAGUUGCAAAAGCUCAAAACAAACAUACAGCUGACAGCUUUUUGUUGUGUGUUCAAGCCUCCCAGAAAACAAGUUGUAUUAUACCAACAUGGUGCUAUAAAUUUAUUUGCUUUUGUUGCAGGUACUGAUUAUAAUGCUGCAUUUUCUUAUGACAUGCAUGACUCAGAUGUUGUUUUUUCAGCCAAAAAAUACUUGAAAACUGUUUUAAAGCACCACACUGAGGCUUUGAACUAAGGUUGAUACAGUGUGCAGACACUCUGGCAGGCUAUGAAAUAACUAAGAACAAGUCAAAUGAAAGAGAGUAUUUAUUGCGUCUUUGAUAGCAUGCUGAAGAAUAUUGCAAGAGUGGAAAUCUCCCAGCUGCUACAAAAGCAUCUCUAUUUUCCAAAGACCUUAUGAUGUUCCUAAGCAGUGAGAAAAUUAAGUACAAUCUGUGUCUGUUUAUGAAUAAUUUCACAUCACAAUUAAGAACACUGCUACGUUUGACUCACCCUGAUUUAGAUGGUUUACUCUAUUGCAUGACUUCCCAUUGAUUCUGCUGCUCAGGUUAAAUCUAUCCUUAUCUUUCUGUGCAGUUUAUCAGCUUUGUUUAAUGUUUAGUCAGUUCUGAUCUGCUCCAAUUCAAACACAGAUAAUUUGGCUUCUUCAGAGCUCUGCUCUUUUUAAUAAGGCCAGGCAUUUUUAUUUGUAUGUCGCAGUUCAUACACUUAAGCCUAUUUAAAUAUUGCCACCCUUUAAAGAUAAUGGCCUAAGUCAUGUUUUGAAGAAAAUUAGUUUUUGGCCUAAAUCAUCUCUUGAUAAUGCUGGCCAUCUCUGGUAAAAUCGCCUAAAUCCUUAGUUGAAAGGAUCAUGCCACCUGUUAUUUUAACAGGGUGACGAUAUGCUUACAAGCCUAAAGUGAAGGGGUAAAAGAACAAAAAAUUAUUGAAAUAAUUUAAAAAGUUCAUUCAUAUAAUUCAGUAAACCUCAUUUGUUGCUGGAGAAAAACGGCUGCUUUAAGUCAUUCAUGAGCAACUCUUGUUUUGAAGUUGCCAAACCCUUUUUCAUGUUUCCUUAACCACUUUUGAGGAAUUUUUCUUAUGCAAUGGCAUGUGGGAAACUCAGUUUGUUUACUCGUCUCCAUCUCACCUCAGCACAAUGUCCUGAACAACAGCUGUUCUCUACUUCUUUAAGCACGCAGCAGUCUGUCCCUUUAAAGCAUCAGUCAUGCAUAGUUUCAGAUUAACACUUCUUUGCUUUUAGCAGCUGGGCAGUGGAGAGCGGCGCAGCAGCCAGACCCUCCCCUUCAAUCAGGAUGGCUCACCAUUACCCAGUGACAGAGAGGUGAGUGUGCUGCCAGCCUGUGAUAGAAAUAUGUUUAACAUCUUUCAGCUCCAGCUGCAGCAUCCCGAGACGUCCUGUUCUUCACCCAGCAGCUUAUGUUCUUAUUUACCCAGUGCAAUGUUUCUGCCAGUCCUCAAAAGUCUGUUAACAGUUUUGCUUAAUGCUCCUUUAGUAACAAUCCUGCGCACUUUUGAUUGCCAUGCCCUGCAAAUUAGAUCAGUGAGCUGUCGGUUUGAUUGCAGCCUUUUAACGAGAUCAAAUCAUUGGCUACUCUCAGAUAAAGUUGAAAUCCUGGACUUACCAGUUUAUUUUUGCAGUCAAAGAUGCUUAUCUGACCUUUUUAUUUCCUCGGUUUAAUAUCCUGUACAGAGUCGCUGUUCACAACUUCAAAAACCACAUGACAAACUUUAACUUCACAGUCUUGUAAUUGCACGCAAACUGGAAUUAGAUUCCGCAAAUGAUGUCUGAUGAUGUAGAGCUGUCAAGGAUGUGACCUUAUCAUCUGCAGGUAUGGUUAGACAAGCCUUUGAGUGCAUGUAUCAUCAAAUAAGACAAUAUUAGGAUUAUUUGCUGUUUGCCUUUAAAGGCACUGUGGGGAGUUUUUAUAUUUGGAUCCUUGUGACUCUUUUAGACACAGUCAGUGUUGUUUUUUGGUCAUGAAGACUACAUUUCCCAUACUGCAAUACUUUGUUUAAGACAACAAUGCAGAGUGAUGAGCAUAUGUAUUUCUUUGCUGCUACGCCAAAUCAUUAACUGUAAGCUAACGAUGGCAAAACUUUGGAAACUCUGCUUUAUUACUGCUUAUGUGUGAACAUACGAUUUAGCUAAAGGUAUAAUGAAAACAUGCACACAGUUGAACUAUUUUGAUCUCAAAGAGCAGCGAGGCGGUCACAUGUUGGUGUAAACAUUAAAUCCUGCUCAUGUUGCUUUUUUUCAUCUUGCAAAGCUGUGGUUGUGGAGUUUCUCCUGAAACAAUUAUGGGUGUAAAAAACAUUUUAACCACAAUACUAUAUGCAGUUGUUAAUUUAGUAUAAUUGGUUCAUUCAUAUUGAUGCAUCUGUGUGUGAAUUAAAUACCUGGAUAUACCUGGAAAGUGAUGCUAGUGUGAGGGUAUUUUUGCCUCCAUUAUGUGCACAUGUCAUGUCACACUGUGUCUAUGAUUUUACUAGGCUUUCCAAGAGUUUUUUUCCUACUGUCAUGGUGGCUGCUCACUCAGCUCAGGAAAGUGACAGCUUCAUCCAUCAUGACCUUUUCAUAUAACGCAGGUGUGCAAUGUUUUGAGAAGCAUGGGUGGUUCAGUGUGCUCUAUAUUUGCUCUACAGUCUGGAUCACUUCACAGAAACUGGGAUUUUCAGAUGUCUGCAAACAGGAGAAUGACCUGAAUGUACAGUUUAGGUUCCCUCGUUGUCAUUGCAAUUGCAUAAAACCUCCCACAUAACCCAAACUUGUGGCGCUUAUACAAUGCAGUUUCCCAGCAUCAAUAAAAUUGAUGAUUUGCUUUGCUAGAUGAAUAAUGCCAUAGUCCCAGAGCCAUUUACAAAUCAAUACAGGUGGAUUGUGUAACUCGAAAGUGAUGCAUUGAUGCAAUGAAUGAAUCGUUAUGCCUUUAGAAAACAAGAGAAUAAACAUCUUUUUGCCAAUCCAUGAGUUCAAAACAUCAUGUCAAAAGAAAACUGUCUGCUGGUUAAUGCCUCACAGCCAAACUUUACCAGCAGAGUUCAGAGCAACGACACCCAAAUAAUAACUCUGCUCCACUUGUCUUGUCGCCGAUGUAGGUCGUGAAGAGGCGCCAAGAUAAGAGCAAGACUGUGUCAAUGCCAGGCGGGUAUAAACUCCUCACAGUGUCUUUGGGUCGACAGCAUUUGGGUAAUUAUCGUAAGGUGGUCCCCUGUGAGAAAGCUUUGUGACAUAAACGAUCGUAAUCAAAUAGGGUAUAAACCGAACCAUUGAUUUAGUGACACAGUGUUAUUCCUCACACUGCUAAUGCUUACCCAGAGGAGAUUCUCAUUAGCUGCGCUGGGAUAGGUCUUUUUACAGCGGUGAGCAUGUAUAUGAAUAAUUGAUGCAUCCUCUCUGUGUUGUUUUAUUUUUCCUCUGGUGAUUUGUUGCAACACUUUCCCUCAUGCACAUGUGCAGGUUAAUACAAGACAUCUUUCAUAGAUUUAACCGAGGUUUGGGAGGUACCCAGAGCGACUGUAGGCCUGAUGAUGAUAACGAUGAUGCAACUUUGGUUAAUACAUCUCUUUUUCAGCUUAGACUGGGAUGUUUACAGCUUUGGCUGUUUGAUCUUUAGAUGAAAAAAAAGUGGCUAAAUUACUUAUUUAUGACAAGUUUCUACAUUUCAACACUGCAGAGCCCAAACUGGAGUAGUUACAGAGCCCCCCCUUUUGGUCAGAUUUCUUCUAGAAACUUCUUUGCAUCAUAGCAUCUUUUUUCACCUCACAGAUCUUGAAACACUUUGACAUCCCUGAAAGACUUUCUUUGAUUAUUGGAGGCUGAUUCGAUCCUUUUUUUUGUCAACAUCAAAGCUUACAAACACAUAGAGGGAUGUCAAACUGUAGUUCAUAACAUAAAUGUUUAUUCAGUGUUUCACUUUCCCAUUUUCUUAUUUUUCUUCCUCUCCCAUGUAGACACUCUGCUCUCUCUCUCUCUUUCUCUUUCUCUCCAUCCAUCUCUCGUCUGGACCCUCCCUCCGGCGCUGUUUCACACUCAUGGUGUUGUUUUUUCUCAUUGCUCUCUGUGUUCCUCUCCUUUCCCCACCUUUUCGUCCCGACACCGCACUGACGGGGUCAGGUGCUGGCCGGGAUGAUAGCAGAGCCCGCUUUUCUCUCUGAGUAUACUAUCUUUGCUCUGGACCAUUCAAAACGACCCAAAACGGCCCAGGUAGCCAGUGUGGUGAGUUUGUCCUCACUUCCUGUCUCUUCCUCCUCAACUUUCUCCUCCUCCUCCUCCUCCUCCUGUUGCCCCCGUUCCUCCCCCUCGUCUCCGCGCCUUCGGGGAUUCGGUAGAGGACUGUGGCCCGAGUAGGGACAGCUUGUUCCCUGCUCUCUGUCUCCUGUUUCCUUUGGAUUUAGCAUCAAGAAGGCAUCUCAUAUCUAGGCUAACCCUGCAUCCAAUGGGAGCGAUGGUUCACAUUGUGGGAUAGAAGCUUGUGUGCUUUCUGCCGUCUGUUGGUUUAUUGCCCUACCUUUCAGUUAAUAUUAUCUUUUAUAGAGCCAAGUAUCGCCCUGUAGUCCCCAGGUAUCCUUAGCUGCUUGCUUUGUAGACCCUCAACACCCUGUUAUGUUGUUUGAUGGCCUCUGUCCCUUCUUCCCACAAGUCUGUUUAUUUGGAGAGUUGAUAUUUUUUUUCAUUUCACAAGCUCUGGGCGAGGUUAUGAAGCAAUUUGAACGUUGAAUUGUCUGUAACUCUGCCAAGUAAACAAACAGACCAAAUAUCUGUGUAGAUGUGAAGUUUAAGAUUGAGGGGAUUUGUGCUCGUAUGGAAAGAAAAACACAGGAAAGUGACAUUUGAAGUGUUCAUCAUCUGUAAUAGAAACACAUUCAAACUGCACACAGCACAGAGAAGUUCAGUGAAUUAGUCUGUAGGUGAUAGUUUGAAAUAAUCUCACACAUUUAUAACUUCUGAUCUAGGGCUGCACGAUUUUGGCCAAAAAUGAAAUCCUGAUUUUUUUUUUUUCUCUGAAAACUCGAUUUUCAAUUUUGAUUUUGAUUUUUAUUCAGUGACUACUUCGCCAAACUUCACUCUAAUAAUUAAUUUUUCUAUCAUCUCUACGAAGAAAAACUAAAAAAACUAAAAACUAAACCAUUGUAAACGAUGUAGUGCACAUUCCAAGCCAGUAAGUGGCGCUGUUAUGCUGCUGAGGAAAUGCACCAAAGACAGAAGAAGAGUACACAAUAACGCCGAUAACAAAAAACUUUUGCGUUUACUCAGGAUUUGUUUCCGUGUGGAUGGGUUGAUACCACCUUAAGACAGACUCUGUGGCGGGGAGUGGUUUGCUCUUCAUCUGAAACUGCGAGGCCGAACCAAUUCCACACGACUGACUUGUUCUUGCGCUAUUCAGCCACGAAAUUAUCGCCUUCUUUUGCAAACGGUUUGUUCACAGUGGUGUGUGUGGGAAGGGGGGAGCCUACAGUGGCCUGGAGGCGCGAGACAUGGUAGAGAGAAAAAAAUCAAUUUGAUGAUCUUACUUUUUUUAACAUCCUCAUAAUCAAAUAAUCCGAUUAAAGCGAUUAAAAAAGGAUGAAUCGUGCAGCCCUACUCUGACCACAUAUAACAUUAUGCAACAGUAUUUUGUCCCAUACAUAACAUAUUGUCUGUCUGAACAAGCACUUCAGAUAUGCACACUGUAAUGUCUAAUGUAUAUUCAGGGCAUUAGUAUUACACAUUUGCAUUAACCAGCUAACAUCAUGAUGGGUAAAUUGGAUCAACUUCUGCUGGGACCAGUAACACCAAAGAGGUUUGAUUUGUUUCUUUGAUUCCAGCCUGUAGAGUCUUGACCUCUGCUGCCUUUAGACUCCUUAUCUCACCUUUAUUCAAAUGUAAAUUCAAAUUAAAUUGUAUGAAAGUAUUGUACUCUACAAAUCUUUCCUUUUGCUGAUGCUGUAGUGUAUCAAAGACGGUGUGUUAUCUUAUCACUAUCUUCUCCUGUUACGAAACACAAAUAUCAUAAACCCAUCAUAACGGUCAUCACAGUCAUGAUCCAUCUACAUGUUAUUAAAUAUGAGUAACAUGUCCUCAAAUUUCCUCAAUCCCAUCAAGUUUCUUUACUCAUUUGUUGAUUUUGUGAUUUUUAUUUUGGAGGUACAGUCUUGUUUUGCCAGUCCGGAUCUGAACUCCAGGAUUACCUUUUGUCUCUUGGAGUGAUGUUUUUUGUUUCUGUUUGAUGGAGGGUAAUAAAAGUGGUCUGAACGUCGGUCAUGAUAUGCAGGGUUUUGGAUUCAGGUCCUCUUUGAAUGCAGUCGUUUAUUAUUUGUGGGGAUGGGAGCAUGUAUUCGGUAUUGUCUGAUAUGUGGGGUUUUUCUGUCUGGUCUUCUGUUCCUGUUGAUUUGGAUAAAGGUGCUAGAAUACGGUAAGAAAUCAGAUAUCUGUUAAAUUACCAGGAUCUUUAUUUUAUGAUAAAGAUAGGGUUUGUUUCUAUCAUCACUCAGCUCAACAAGCUUUUGCUCUCACACUCCUGGGAUCAAACUGCUGCCCUUUCUAACACCUUUAAACAAGAUAAUCAUUUAGUUUUAAAGCAAAAAAAAAAAAAAAAAAAUCAGGGUUAUUUCCUCAUGAAACAGGACAGAAAUAUCGAGCACUUUGCGCAGCACUCCAGAGGAAGGAGUAGCUCGGAGCUGGACGAGGGAGGAGAAUAUUUGCUUACUCUGAUCCUUCUUCUAACAAGUCCACUAAACCAACUAAGCUGCUCAGUGUUUACUAAAUUCAAUUAUGACUCUCAUGUGCUCUUGUAAUACAGCUGCACACAGCACUGCCAAGCAUCUUUAAUCCAAAAGCCGGCUCUCCUACUUGACUUUUGACUGUCUGUUUGUUCUGACCUCAUGGCUGCUCUGUAGAGUCUAGUUUUAACCCUUUUUGUUUGAUGUACUGUAGAGAUGCCUUCUUUUAUGUACUUAACCCCUCUGUUUUUUCCAAGUUGCAUGAGGGUACCCAUUGCCCCUGCAUUGCUCCCAGCAAUACUAAUAUUGCUCCCUCCAGAGUAAUCAGGGAGAGCCACGCUGGGUGUGGAUGACUAACUGGCCCAGGUCAAGUCCAAAGACGCAGCUUUUCUGUCACUCAUGGUGUCUUUAUAUCUGCAGAGUGCCUCUAAAGGACCGGCCCGAUCUCCCAGAGGAAGCAUCAACGGGGAUGGGAGUGCUUCUCCUCAGGUACCCACCCUCUUCGAUCUUCAAGCUGCUGUUAUCAUUCCGCUCCUCUGUUUUUAAUUCCACCUCAAAUACUCCUAACAGAGAGAGGAGACUCAGUCCUUUGCACAGAAACUCCAGCUCAAAGUUCCCUCAAUGGAGUCACUGAUCCGUGGCGGUGCCAGUCGAGCAGAAAACCUGUUCCGCUCUCCCUCCAAAGACAACCUGACCCGGAGCUCAUCACGGGACUCCCUGACUCCUUUAGGGGAGAAUGACUCCCCAGGUGGCCCCACGUAUGACCCUCCAUCAGACAUUGAGAGUGAGGCCGAGGAGCCACCGGGCACUGCAGAGUCUCUCUCCAAAGAGCAGCUGUUGCACCGGCUGCUCAGAGUGGAGAGGAGCCUGGGGAAGUAUAGAGGGAAAUACUCAGAGGUGAGAAUCACUUAAACAGGCUGUAAGAUCAUCCACCUGUUCAAGGUACAGCACGAAUUAUACCUGUACAGCUGUAGCUACUCUAAUAAGAACCUAGUUUAUUGGCACCUUAAACAACUCAGUCUGGCCUUUUAAUGAUGAACAUACAGGGUUAAAGCUAUCCAGUAGAAAUGAGGACUCUGAGCAUUAACUGUGGUUUAAUUCAGCUCUAUAAUUAAAGCUCGUUUUUAUCUCUUAAUAUUACGUCCCUGUUGAGUUGAGCUGCUGCAGCCGACUGUUGCUGUGAUUGAAAAUAACAGCGUUUUGAAACGGAGCCAUUUCACAUUAACUGGCAAGUCAAAAGCAACAUAAACUUUGUGUUAAAUGUAAUUAACUUAUCGCCAAAGUGCUUCAAGUCUGAGCGACCACCUGCAUGCUAAGCAUCUUGGUGCAACUGAUCAUACUGAUGUCAGCGUGCAGCUGCGUUAGAGAAGCUGUCAGAGCAGGUUUUCGGAGUACAAAGCACUGAUUGGAGUCGGGGUGAUUUAUCCAGACAGCAUUGAGGUCCUGCUGUUUUCUCCAUGGGUUGAAUACCUCAUUAUGUCUAGUAGCCUAAAUAAUUAAAUGUGCACUUGCAUGCGCAGGAUUCGGACAGAAGACGAUUGCAGUACACGUUUAAACGAAGGAGAACCUGUUCUGUAUGUUUGUUUGUGUUUGCACACCCUGCAGCAAGUCUCUGGGACUAAGUGAAGCAUUCACUGAUGUGUGCAGUGACUUAAUGAUGUGGCUCUUCUGCAGCCAUUGCCAGUGGAAAAGCAAACUAGCUCUGAGAUGAUUCAUAAAUUGAACCAGUCCUGAACUAGCACCAGGUCCAAAAACAGAGUACAUAUGAAUCACCACAAACCUCUGGAUGGACCUAAUCAGGAAAAUAUGGUGCACAAAUUUACAUGCACUCUGACUUAUUCCUGAAUGUGAUUAUUAAAAACCUUGUAUUUCACAGAUUAAACGCUUUGAAGGUCUUCCUCUUCUAGAUUAUGGUUUUAGACCCUUUGGUGCAAAUGAAUAAUGCAUCUUUAAGUCAAUGUCAUGAAGUCCAUGGACUGAAAAACUGUUCUGACAGGCACAGUGGUGGUGUUUUAAACAAGUGAAUGACAGUGCAAUUAACUAUCAACAUGUAGAAAUUCAUCAUUACUGAGAAUUUAUCAUAUGAGACCCAAAAAUAAGAUGUUUUUUGUCGUCACAGAGAGCUAAUAGCAGUUUACUUGUGCAUACAGUAUUUGAUAGUUGCUUAAUCAGGAGUUUUAGGGCAGAAUUCAGUCUAUUAUUGAGUUUUGCUGCAUCUAAAGUACAGACAGGAUAUUAUCCAAAAAGUUUUAUCUCAGGAUGUUUUAACAGAAGAGCUUUAGAGGUGUCAAACUGGAUGAUUUACAGUGUUAAAUCCAAUAUUAUAGUCAGUAAACAACAUCCUACUCAUCCUUUUAAGAUUGAAAAGAUAAACUGUUUACACAUUUGGAUUCCCAGCUUUACAAGUCUGAAGUAGACAAUGUAAAUAAACAGUUGUAAUCUGUCCUCACUCAGCUCUUCUCCUAUUUUCUUCACCCUGCAGCUGGUUACUGCUUAUCGAACGGUGCAGCGAGAUAAAGAGAAAACACAGGUACUUUGUUCUGUUAUGGUUUCAGAUUUUCUGACGUGAUGGGAAAAUAGAUCCUGAACCGAUCGGGUAUUUUUGUCUCAUCUCCGUCCCCUCAGGUCAUCCUCAGUCAGAGUCAAGAUAAAGCUCUGCGCAGGAUAGGAGAGCUGCGGGAGGUAUGACUGUUGGUGAAUGUCACUCACAUCAAUAUCUGUACUCCUCCUCUUUCCUUUAUGUAACAUGAAUGUAUUUAAUCAUCUCCAGGAAGUUCAAAUGGACCAGCAGGCUAAGAAACACCUUCAGGAUGAGUUUGAUGCAGCUCUGGAGGAGAAGGACCAGAUGAUUACAGUCCUCCAAACACAGGUGAGUGUCAGUACACAGCCCCUAACAUGGAUGUGUUACUUAUUUAUUUAGUGGUGGAAACCUGCAGCUCUACUCAUUAAAUUAUGACUUCAGUACUGAUACAAUAAUGAUUAUUUCAUAGUAAUUCAAAUUAAAAGUCAUGUGGAAACUUGAACUAUGUUUCCGGUUCAUUUCACUAACCUCAGUAUUUCAUCUUUCUGUUAGGUCGCUCUGCUGAAGAAGCGAAUGAAGGGAGUCUCCGACGGUGCUGCGCCACCUGAGGGCACCGUCCCUCACCCUGAAGAUGCUACAGACUCUACUUCUGCAACACAAAGUCCUUCGAAGGAGGACGGAGGGGAAGCUGAGGGCGCCGAGGGUGAGCAAAUGCUUAUAUGUCGCUUUUGAAGAAGUUUACUUAAAGCUCCUGGGAGGAAUUUUUUAUUUGUGUCCAUUUGUUGUCCUCUGCAUGCUUUUGACCAGAAAUCUCAACCUGCUGUUUCUUGAUAUUCUUAUUUAUAAUUUAUUUUUAUUAUUUGCAGUAAAAGUUACCCGAAAAUAUUUAUUUUGAUUGCAAAUAUAGUCACAUUUUUAACCAGUGCAUUUUUUCUUGUCUGGCCAGGAGAGGGCAACAGUGAUCCAGCCAAACUUAUGGAAGCUCUGCAGAAGAGAGUGAAGAGGCAGGAAAACCUUCUGCAGAAAUGCAAAGACGUGAUGCGCACCCACAAGGAGCGAAGUUCCCAGCUGGGAACUGAGAACGAAACUCUGCAGGAGCAGCUGCAGGAGCGACUGCAGGAGCUGGAGAAGAUGAAGGUGGCCGACAUGUUUGAUACACCUUUGAUAGACUAUGGUUGUCUCGAUAUAUUUGGACUGUUUUCAUAAGUUUUAGAUUAUAUACACAAAGUUGGGAGAUUUUUCAAAGAGGGGGCGGGGCCGACUUGCGGUUUCAGUUUGUUUAGGGUUGUUAAUGUGCUUCUGAACGUCUGCUAGAGUCAUUAUGGUUCAGAAAUGAUGCGUCUCCUUUAUCUCUGUGACACAGUGUACUGCUGUGGUUCUCAGACUUUGAACAUCCAAAUUCUCUGGCCAGGCUCCAGAGGGUUAAUGUCAGCGUGACAGGACAGACCCAUUGUUGUCAUUGAUUUCAAAACACUCGGCUUCAUUGGUAUGAUCGGCUUGUUCAACUUGUCAUAGCUGCUCUGGAGUUUUUCAGCGUCUGAUAAUAAAAGUUUGUUGUUGUAGAAACUUUGUGAUAAUAGACAGCUUGUCCGAAACUGCACGCUGGUAGACUCCCUUUCAUUUGCAGCCAUCGUUUUUGUGUUGAGUCUGCGCUGUGUUUUGGGAAAAAAGGCCUUUCCUGUGUCAGGAAAAGCAGAGGUUAACAGGCGUUUAGCCCCCUUAAGCAGCAUGAAGGCAUCCUGGAACUGCUGGGAGGGCUGUGCUCAUCCCCAGCCUCAGACAAAUAACCCAUAAAACAGACCAUCUGUCUGCGAUUCCAGACGUACAGCUCAGGGUUUUCUGUCUGUGCUCCUUAUUUUUACUUUCAGGUUAAUAUGGGGUGUUGUUAAAGGAGUGUGACUACAACUACAAUCCCAAAAAUGUUUGGACAUGUUGACAAAAAACAGAAUUUGAUGAUAUGCAAAUCAUUGAAAGACUACUUUCUACAUAUCAAAUAUUAAAAACUGAAAAGUACAUGUUCCACAGAUGUACCCAUGCCUCUAACAGAGGUUUCUGUAAGUUCUGUCUGGAGCUCAAUGGCUCAACAGUUGUUCAGACUCAGGACUGCAGGCAGACCAGUUUAGCACCAAGACUCCUCUACAGAACCAUGCUGUUAUAGUACAUACAUGCAGAAUGAGGUUUGGCAUUGUCUUGCUGUACUAUGAAGGUCUUCCUUCCUUGUGUACUGUUCAGCAACAAUGGUUCCUCAGAAAUGUAAACUAGCCAUGCCACUGGAAGUUCUGCAUCCUCAUACCACUGUGGAUGAACUGUGGGCUGAUGAAAACUGGGUGGUCCCUCUUCUGUUUGGAGCAGCGGACACGGUGUCCAUGAUUUCCAAAAAGAAAGUCGAUGUUUGAUUCAAGAGACUGCAGGAACAGUUUGUCAUUAAGUCCAUCUUAACUGGUCUUGGACUUGCAGUUUCCUCCCUGCAGGGUUCACUUUUAACUUGUAAACUUGUUCAUGCAGCGAUGAACUGUGUAGUAGUGCAGCGAUUUCCAGUACAGAGCCAUACCUUGUUUUCAGUCCUUUCCCUCUUGUAGAGAGAUUUCUCAAGGCUCUCUGAAUCUUUAAAUGAUUUUAUAUGAUUCAGAUGCUGAAUGAAGUUUUCAUCAUUUAAUGCCUUAGAUCUUAAAGUUGUAGAAGUGUUUGCUCACGCAGUCUCUUACAACAGUAAUUUUAGCUUCUUUUAUAUCCACUCAUGUUUGUAACAUGUUUUUUUUAAUCGCUACAAACUGUUUCAGAGUUUUGUGAUUUUUGUGUGUUUAAAAUGAGCUCAUAUUUUUCAUAACACAACAAAAAUAUUCACUUUAACAUUUGUUGUGUAAAAUUUGCACUAUUUUCAAUUGAAUUUAGGCUCAUAAGAAUUUGCAAACCAUCACUACCUUUUUCUAUCACUUGUUUGGAAUUGUGGUUGUUUGCCUGUUCGGUUAAACUUCGAUUCAUCUUAUUUUUCUUCUGAUCUUAUUUGUUUAUUUUGAUAUCAGAGUACUGUCAACACAAUCAAAACACUGUCUUGUAUCCUCCAUAAAUCAAAAACCAAAGUAAUACAGUCUUCCCUGUAUUUCCUGUAUAGUCACCACUUGCUACACAGCGCUGGCACAGAAACUUUGCUGCUAAUUGCCACUGCUGCAAAACUGGACUGUAAUUUGGGUUGACUUGUUGGUUUAGCCGGGCUUGUAUACACCGUCUGGUUAUUUGGUUUGUGGGUGAGGCAUCCUGGGUGGUGCAGAAAACAUCUGAUGUUGUUUGACUAAAGCAUAUACAUGAUCAUGAUAUGAUUCCAGAAAUCUAAAAAAGACGACAUGCAGGGCAGGGAUUUUUUUGCAGCAUUCUCAUUGUAACUAAUGUUAUCUCUUAACGUCUGCAGGAGCUGCACACAACAGAGAAGACAAAGCUGAUCACUCAGCUGCGUGAUGCUAAGAAUCUUAUCGAACAGCUGGAGCAGGACAAAGUGAGUAGAGAAUUUUUGGCGCAUUGACUGAAGCUUCUUAAAGAUUGUGUUGUAUCAGAAAACUGGAUCUGUUUUUAUUCCCUACCACUGAGUUAAGAGGUCUGGCACCUUUUGAGUCCCAUAUUGUUCCUCUUAAACUUUGACCUCGGCUCUGCAGGGUGGACAGCAGCUCAUAAGAUGUGCACCAAGAAUGUUAACAGCGCUCCAAGUCAAAAACGAUUACACACACGCAGAGCUGGAGUCAAGGUGCAAAAUGCAGAGGUAGAAGUUUUGAUUUUAUUUCAAUUUAUUCUGUUUUUUUAGGGAAUGGUUAUCGCUGAGACAAAGCGGCAGAUGCACGAGACCCUGGAAAUGAAAGAGGAGGAGGUCGCCCAGCUCCGCUCCAGGUUCCAGCAGGCCACCGCUCAGAAGGAGGAAUUACAGGAACAGAAAGAAAAAGCCGAGAAGUCAGGUCAGUGAAAUCCACAUCUGCAAGAACAAAUGAAAAAUGUUGGGUCUAGAUGUGUUAAUGAUGUGUGUCCUUUUCUUUAAAGCAUUUGAAGAACUCGAACGGGCCUUGGGUGUAGCUCAAAGGGCGGAGGAGGCCAAGAAACAGCUGCAGGUUCAGCUGGAGGAGCAAGUGAGGGAGGUUGAAAGGGCGAGUGAGGAGGAGAGGAAGAGUCUGCAGCAGGAACUCACACGAGUCAAACAGGAGGUCGUCACCAUAAUGAAGGUCAGGGACUUAUUGAUGCUAAAUAUGUAUAUGUGGAUUUAAAAGGAGUUAAAACAUACUGCCUUUAAAUUAUGAGGCGGCUGUUUGGUUGUUUUAUAAAUAAAGAAAAUAAAGAAAGUGAUGUACACUGUGGAUAUAGAAAAAUAACAUCAAAUUAAGUUUUAAUUACAGUGACUUUAAAAACAAAGCAGCUUUGUGAUUAUUAUCAUUGUCAUUAUUAAUGUUAUUAGAAAUCAUCAGAGGAAACAGUCGCCAACAUGGAAAAACUCCACAAUGAAGCUUUGGCCGCUAAAGAAGAGGAGAUCAGUGCCAGAGUCAGCAAAGCUGUGGUAUGUGCCGAAGGUUAUACACAUUCAAUUUUCACAACAUAAUCAGGUGGAUCAGAUUUUCAAGAGUUUCCCUUAGAUCUUGAUUUGGCAUGCUUUUCACUGUUUGUGUGUUUAGGAGCAGUGCAAAGAGGAGCUCGCACAGUUAGGCAAGGAGCGAGAACAGCAGGCCACUCUGGCUCUGGAGGACGUGGAGCUGCAGAAAACGGCUCUGAGGACGGAAGCGGACAACAAAGUCAAGGACAUCCAGCUGGAGCUCGAAGCUGCGAGAACCGUGAGUCACGUUUACAGUUGUUUUAUUUAAAUUUGGUCACUAUGAUGAUAUUGGACAUAUUUAUUUAGGCAGGAGAUUAAAAGCUUCAUGUAAAAGUCUAAAAGACUUCUUUUGUUUUAUAUGUAAAGUAAAGAAAUGCAGAAAUGAGCUCUUAACUGCAUAAUUUACAGCUGUUAAUUCAUCACCACAUCCUUCAGCUGCUAUUUUCUCAUCUUUUUAAGAUAGAGUUGAACCAAUCUGUGACUUUUUUCAAAGAGGGAUGUUCAGUGAAGCUCAGGAUGUUGCAUGAAGACAAUUUAGGAGAGUCAAACUGGAUAUUUUUUAACAAUAUCAUUUUCUUUUCCUGAACCUGAAACAUGAUUAAUUUAUGAAAAUGAUUAAUAUAUUGCAAAAUAAAUCUGAAAAUAUUCCAAAAGAAAAUAUUUCAGUUCAAUCCCUGUCCCCAAAAAAUUGGGACAUUGUGCAAAACUGAAUUUAAUGAUUUGUAAAUUAUUUAAACACUAUAUUGAGUGUAAAGACAAAGUAAAGACUUAAAAACAUUCAGUUUUGGUGUUUGAUAUUCUUUUACGAAAAUAAAUGUUUGUUUACAUUUGAUACCUGCAGAAAAAGUUGUGUAAUGCUAAAAACACUUGAAGGAAUAUCUCCUAAUUGCAUUUGCUAAGAGUUAAUAACAUGACGGUUUAACAAAAAAGCAUUAGAGGUAAAGACAACAAGAGGUUCCCCACUCAUUCAGAGACUGGGUGAGCAAACAGUUUCAGAGUGUUGUUCCCAGGGUAAAAUUGCGAAGAAUUUAGGCAUUUUAUCAUCUUUGGUGCAUAAUAGAAUAAAGGAUUCAGUAAAUAUUUGUAAUGAUCAUAAGAAAUCACCAUUAAACUAAAAAUAUUUUGCAUCGUAAGGUUAAACAGGGUUUAAAAAGUGGAUUUGCAACCAUCAAAAUCUUCUUUUUAUCAGCAUUUUACUAGGUAUUUAACUUUUUGUACUAGAGUUAAAGCCAAAUUUAUAGUGAAACAUAAUAUAUUAGGAUAAAAUGUGUAAUGUGUUGCAAAAAAAGUAAAAAAUCUCACAAGAGCAAAAGAUUUUUAAUCCCAAAGAUUUUUUUUUUGUUCUUUAUCAAAUAAUCUGACUGUUGCUUUUGUCUCACUUGCAGAGAAUAAUGGAGCUGGAGAGCUCUCUAGAAAAGAUCUCACAGGAUGGAUCGAGUCUGUCCCAUGAACUUUCCAGUCAGCUCGCCCAGCUGAAGGAAAAACACAAAGAGCAAAUCUCUGCAUUAGAGGAAAAGCACCAGGAGCAGCUGGAAAAGCACAAGGGCACCCUAACCCAGCAGCAUAACGCUGACCUCGAGGGGCUGAGGGAAAAACACCGAGUUGAAGUGGAGACCCUUCUGAAAGAUAAAGAACUGCAGUUCCAAGCACAUGUUGAAGACAUGAACCAGAAAACUUUGGAGAAACUAGAAGCGAAUCAGGCAGAGCUGGAGGCGAUUUCAGCUGAACUUUCAGAGGCUUUGAAGAGUAAACAACUUCUGGAGGAGAAACUGACAGCGGCUGAAGAUUCUCACCGUUUAUCCCAACAGGAACAUGAGAAGAAGCUUCAAGAUCAGGAGGGGAGGCACAAUGCCGAGCUGGCUAAUAUCAAACAGGAGCAUGAGCAGUCUCUAGGAGGUGUAGAGAAAACCCUGAAGGAGGAACUCAAUGCGAUGAAGAUCAUCGUGAGGGAAAAGCAAAAAGAGAUCGAGGAACUCACUCUUCGAGAAAAAACACUACAAGAGGGAUCCGAUUCUUCUGUACAAGAGCUGAAUGUGAAAGUUCAGCAACUUGAGGAGCUGCAGAGAAGUUUAUCACAAUCCCAACAAGACAACGAGAGCCUCAAAGACUCCAACACUCAGCUGAGUAAGAUCUCAGAGGAUCUGGAUCGGUGCCGGAAGGAUCUGGCAGGUUUGGAGCAGCAGUUAGCAGAAACAAAGAGCGACUGUCAACAAAAAGAGAAGCUGCUUCAAGAGCUGGAGCAGCAACUACAAAAGAGCAACACCGAGCACUCAGAACAGGAGAAGUCAUUCACUGCAGACCUUAACGCCAAACAGGAGGAGCUGACACGCCUCCUCAAACAGCUGGAUGAUGAAAAAGCUGCUCAUGAGAAGAAGUUCAAAAACACUACAACUGAGAUGGAAAACAAGCUCAAAUCACAGGAAACAAAAAUGGAAAAGUUCAAGCAAAAAGCCAAAGAAAUGCAGGAGAACUUCAAGAAGAAGCUGCAGCAGAGCGAGGAGAACAUGAAGAAGGAGCUCGCCAAGAAGGACAAGGAGCUCCAGCAGAAGGAGCAGCAAGUGCAAGAGAAACUCGUGGAGAUGUCUCAGAAAAGUUCCCAAGGCCUCAGCAGCGCGAUGUCGGAGCUGCAGGCCAACCAUAAAGAAGAAGUGGAGAAGCUGCAUGAUGCCCACAAGCACAAGGUGGAAGAGCUGGAGCAUUUCUGGAAGGAGAAAUUAGGACAGCAGGAGGAAUUAGCAGAGAAGCACUCGCACUUACUGCAGGAGAAGGCUCAGGAGGUGGAGGAAACAAGUCAGCAGCUUAACAGAAGCAAAGAGGAGAUCGAGCAAGUCCUGUGUGAGAUCAAGAAUCUAAAAGAGGACCUGGCCAUCCGAGAAACCACCGUGCAGAAGCUGCAGGAGGAGCUGAAUGAAGCUGCGGUGAAGCUGGAGAGUUUGUCUCAGGGUGAAGCGUUGCUCAAAGAGCAAAUGGAGUCCGUGGAGAGGAACCUGAACCAGGCUCUGAACGAGAGGAACUCCCUCCAAGAUAAGCUGAACACUACAGAGGAGGAGACCAAGGAGAAGAUGAAGAGCUUGUCAGACAAGUUAGAGGAGACGGAGAAGCAGCUUGAAGCGGUUCAAGGCUCCAGAUGUAAAGAAAGCGAGGAAACUGCCACUCAGCUUAAAGCCAAGGAAGCCGAGUUUCAGCAGCAGCUGAUCAUGAUCCGGAACCACAUGGAGCAUCACUGUAAAGAGGUUCAGUCUAAGGUGGACUCUGGGUCUAAUGAACUCUGUCAGAGAGUUGACUGUCGGCUGAACGAGCUGAAAGAUAAGCUGAUCUGUAAUCAGAAGAAGGUGGGGCAUCUAAAAAAUGUCAUCCUCAUGAAGGUUGAUCGAAUUUGCACUUUAGAGGAGAGUCUCCGGCAGCAGACGGAGGAGAAUAAGAAUCUAUGCAUCUCUUUAGAACAGACCACUGCUCAGGUAAACGCUCACGCCGAGCAUAUUAAAGCCUUAACACAGGAGAAGGAGGAUCUCGCUCAGUCUGUCCACGACAAGGUCCAGAAGAUCGAGGAGCUGAGCGAAGCAAACAGCAACAUAUCCAAAAGUGUGAAAACAAACGAGUCGGAUAUCAGUAACUUGGAGAGCAUCAUCGGUGACUUGAAAACUCAGCUUGCAAGUAGCAUCACAGAAAAGGAAGAAGCCAUAAAUCAGCUGAACCAGCAGUAUGAGGAGGAGAGGCGGCAGUCUGCAGCUCAAGUGAAGGAGACGGUGGAGAGAUUAGAGCAGGAGAGAAGGUCUGCUUUAGAAGAGGGAGACUCUCUGAGGAAGAGUCUGUGUGAGAACGAGAGCAAAGCUGAGACAAAGUUCACUCAGAGCGAAAACACUAUUUCAUCUCUGCAGACCAGGCUGGACGAACUGGAGCGAGAGGUCUCUGCGAAAGACGAAGCCCUGCAGAGGCUGAGAGCGAACAUAGACAAUCAGUCCAUCAGCAAGUCUGAGAUGGACCAGGUGUUGAGUGAGAAGGAGCAGAAGGUCAGCGGACUUACCCUGGAGCUCGAGGGCUGCAUCAGCCGACUGGGCGAGCUCCAGGAGCAGUUAGCCUUAAAGACGAAAGAGUGCGAGCAACUCACAGCUGACCUCAAACAACAACACAGCAUCAGGGAGAACGAGAAGAAGGAGCUGGUGGAGCAGCUGCAGCAGAGUCAGCAGCAGUGCGUGCAGAACGGGAACCUGGAGCAGGAGAUGGUGGAGAAACUGCGCUCUCUCGAGGAGGACAACCAAAACUUUAAGCACAAGCUGGAAAGUCAAAGGGAAGAAUUUGAGAAGAUGAAAGAUGAGAUCGUGAAGAGCAAAGAGGAGAGUCUGAAGGAAACCGAAGAGAGGUUAUCAGCAGAGAGCACCAGGAAAGUGUCUGAGCUGAAGAAGAAAGCCGAGCAGAGAAUCAGUCAGAUUAAAAAACAGCUGAGCUCGCAGUUGGAUGAGAAAGAGCAGACCAUCAAGGCUCUUCAGACGAGCCUGGAGGAACUCAAGAGCAACGAGACUUCAGGAAAACAACACACACAAACACUAGAGGAGAAAACGAAAACACUGGAGGGAGCUCUCGUCAAAGUUCGAGAGGAGCAGGAGAAACAAAUCGAACAGAUUCUGAACAACGAGAGGCUGGCGAAGGAGAAGUCUUUAGAGGAACUGAAAAACACCUACGAGGAGAAGCUGUCAUCUCUGCAGAGGGAUGCUGCGCAGCAAGGAGAGCGUGAAGAAACUGAAGAAGCGCUGAAAACCAUCCAGGUAAAGCUAAAAGAAGCUGAGGAGCAGAAUGGAAACCUUCUCGCAGAGAUAAACCGGCUGAAAGAAGAAAUAAUUGAGAAGGAGGCUCAACAUCAGGCAGCCAUGAAGCUGGUCCAGAACUCUGCUGAAACGGAGAUGAUAGAAUGUAACAGCGUACAGAAAACAGGGAGCACCAUGGAAAACCACUCUGUGAUCCAAGACGGAGACGAGGAUGCUACAGAGACUCUAAAGAGCAGUCUGAGUCAGGUGAAGAACGAGAAAGAGAAAAUCCACAAGGACUUCACCAGGCUUCAGAAGGACAUGAGAUCUCUGAGGAAAGAGCACGAACAGGACCUGGAACACGUGAAGAAAGAGCUGCUGGAGGAGAGCGAGAAGAAGAUGAAGUAAGUAAAAUUGUAAAAUAUGUUAAAAGAAACAUGCUUCUGGUGUCUGCACUAACUCGAGAUAUUCUCACUGUUAUCUGCUGUUGUAGGCUGGAGUUGGAAGAUGUGGAAAUGAAGCACAAUUCUGCAAUCAAGCAAUUAAUGAGGGAGUUUAACACCCAGAUGGCCUUGAAGGAGAAGGAGCUGGAAACGGCAGUCAAGGAGGCCAUUGGUGAGGCUAAUAAACAAGAUUUACAGCCAUGUCGUCAGUUUUGGGGAAUCAGGGAGGGGUAAAAUAGUCCUCUGUUGUGGCAAUCAGCUGAUGUUUGAAGCAUUCACACGGCUUCCUUCAAAUAAGAGAUCAAAGUUUCUCUGUGAUGAAGUCCAACAGCAGGGUGGAACAGCUACAUGGAAACAUGAUGCAUUUUUUAAUCUUGACACAGUGUGGAACAGAAUUAAAGGAUCAUUACAUUUGGAAAGAGUGUGUCCGAGCGACCAUGUUCGCUUGUUUCCUCUGCGGUUAAAUCCCGUUUCACUCCAGAUGGAUUGUGACCGAGUGGUUUGGAAUAUGACUUUGGUAACGCUGCCAUCUUUCUGCUUCCCUCUUUCCUCUUCCUUAACAACACAGCGAAGGCCCAGACCGUCGAAGCUGAGCUGAUCAGCAGCCACCGCGAUGAAGCCGGUCAGCUGAAGAAGCUGAUCGCCCAGAAGGAGGAGGAUAUGCGCAAAACGGUUCAGAAAUAUGAGGAGGUUAUACAGGUAAAGACGACGCUGAUAGACUCAAUCAGGGUAAACUGCCUUUUCCUAUACCGCACAUUUGAAAUUGAAUAAUCAGUUUAAUUUAAUCUUAGGGGGAAUUUCUGGUUAAAUUAUGUUCAAAAUAUUCAAACAGCCGAAUCUUGUAAACUUACAUCUACAGUAUGUCUCUUACAGUGAUGGGAGGUGGGUGUGUCAAUUUAAGCAUCACUAUUUCAAUUAAAGAAGUCAGACUCUUGGUGCUCAUUCACUCCUUUAUUAAUAAGACUAAUUAACUGAUUGAUAAAUAUCUAUUUCAAAGAGGUUGAGAAAAUAAAAUAGCAUUAAUGUGCAAUUCAGGUACAAUGCUAACACCUCCUCCAGCUUCCUGCUGCCACCAUCAAAGAAAACCAGAAUUUAAAGCUCCUGUAAGGAGUUUUUCUAAUUCUACGAAAUCGACUGAAAUUUGCAUCGAUGGCUUUUUAUGACAUCCAAAAGCAAACGAGACCAUCAGAAGCACCAUUGAUGGUUUUUAUACUGUAGUUUUUAAUGCUUGAAACCAGUGCCAGGGGGUAGGUGUCACCUUAAUAUUCACAAUAAAUGAUUUAUUCAAGUGGUUGAAGUCAGCAGGAUUAGAUUUUUUUGUUGUUGAGGACAAGAUGAGCCAAGAUUUAUUAGUGAGAAAUUCCUCACAGGAGCUUUAAAUAUAAAUUAAGUACUUUAAGUUUAAGCAACCACCUAUGAAUUAAGAAUACAGGUGCAGCUGAACAGACGGACUCACAAAAGCAGACAGAGAAUAAUUUAAAAACUGAUUUGAAAUGCAAAAAAAAUAGAGUUUUAAACAUGAGAUAAAAAACAUGAUUGAACUCAAUUAACUUCUAAAACUUGGCGAUUAAAAUAAAUAAAGGUUUUGCAGUUUGACUAGCUUAAAUGACUUAGGACUUCCUCAGUUUCAGCUUCUCCCUAGUAGUUUUAACUUAGUCAUAAUGACAGCGUAAUUUGAUUGAAAUGGUGGUCUUCAUAUUCUCAUAUAUCUUUAAGUUUCUCUGUAGUUACAUAACUAAUUCAAUAACCUCACAGCUUUUCCAGAUUACUUUUUCCUCACUUCUUUGAGGAAUCACUCAGUCCCGGAAAACCUGACUCAUCAUUAAUCACUGCUCGUUGAAAAAUACGUGUUGAGAAAUCAGUACAGUGUAUUUCUCCAGGAACAGUCAGCGGCUUUUAUUAAACUGUUUUCUUUAAUGUCUUGCAACAUAAUUAAAGGCUGGAGGUCUGAAAACGGGACCCUGACAUGAUGAAGUGAUUUGACCGACAUACUUGUGUCAUGAUGCGGGGAUGAAACAUAGGAAAUGACUCAGCCAUUGUUUGAUUCUUCUUUGUUUGUUUCAGAGUCGAGAGGAGGAGAUGGGAGACAGAGUGUGGCAGGUCCAGAAAGAGCUGGAGGAGUUGCAAGGGAGGAGCCAGGACGCUUCUGAGGUAGAGACAAUCCUGAUGCUAUCUACAAAUUCAGCAGGUCAUCAGACAUCUGUGAUCUGUGUCACAACUGCUCGAUACAUCACAGUCACUUUUUCCCGCUGAAAAAAACAGAUGCAGACGCACAGACCUGCAGCUAUAAGAGUCUAUUAUAUUCCAGACUGCAGGUUCAGAUCAGAUUUAUGAAGUGAUUCUGCUUCACGAUGGCCGAGUGAAAUCACUUCUUUUCAGCUCCUCUGGGAAAAGAGCAGAGCCUGAUAGAAACAUUACGAGUUCUGAAUGACAGCCAAGUCCAGACGCAGUUUUGAGUCCGCACCAACCCCUCAGAUAUCUUUAUUAUCGGAGAGUUCACGUCCAGGUUGACAGACUUCACAGUGAUCGAUUAUCUUUGUCUUGCUUUGUAAUUGAAGGAUUCCGAAUCCGAGCUCAGGGACACUCGGCUCACAUGCUUCGCUCUGAUCACUCUCUCGCCCGGGUCGUGUGGCUGCUGUCCAGAGCGCGUCCGACCCUGCGAAGCUCGUUUGAAUCACUCAGGAAUGUUCUCCUCUGGAAGCAGCAGCAGCCAGUCUCGAACUCUGUUCUCAAUUAUCAUCGUACGAAGUGAUUCUGGGCCUUAAGAUUUAUACUUUAGAAAUACUCACAUGUAAGACAUUCAUGCUGGAAAAGAGCCAGAGAGACAGAGAGUUCUCCAGGGAGACAUUUCUACCCGUGUGUUGAGGUGCCGUCAGACCCCUGCGUCGACUCUUCUACCUUUACACUCUGUCCAGAUGUACACAAACACACUGAGUCACGCCGCUCUCUCUCUCUCUCUCUCUUUCUGCUGCAUUUUUCCUCACUGAGGUCAUAACUUUAUGGGUGGAUUGUAUGGGCUUAUGCUUUGAGAGGCCUUUCCUCACAUCAGGCCUCAUGAUCCAUUCCUCAUCCAGACACUGGGACAUUCCCCUCCAUGGAGACCACAGACUCUUUUAGAACAACUAGUCCAGUUUAGUCUGUUUAUGCAGACUCAAUAAACACUGCUUUGUAUUUACUGCGGUGCUAAAACAUAUGCAGAUGGUUUGACACUUGAUUUUGUAAAAAUAAAAUACCUUAAAAUGACCAAAACAGGCGUCUGAUCAUCAUGCUUUUAGGACUUGGUGUCUCGAACAGCUGGGGAAGGGUUGAGACACUUUUGGCAGUGAAUUUAUACAAGAAAUCUGAUUGGAUGAGACAUUUUAUGAGCCCUGAUGUCAAGUACAAAACCACAGAGUAUAAUUUUUAUCUGUUUGAAGUACUCCUCUCCACUUCAGGAGUUCUCAGUACUCCAAAUUAAUGUUAUAACAGUCUUGGAGGUCGUUCCCGAAACAUUUGGUGCAACUUAAUCGAUUAAAGCUCCUGUAGGGGACUUUUGGUUUGUGUCCACUUUUGAAACUCCUGUCAACAAAGCAGUCUGUGCUGAUUUUAUCAUCCACAUAUCUUCUAACAAGUAUUUUAUCCCGCUGAGUUUUGACUGUUAAAUGUGUUGUUUCGUUUAAAUAUUCCAUAUGGAAGUUGAACAAACAGUGCUUGGCUGACACCUCCCUUAUUGCACAGUUUCAGACAUUAGAAAUUACUGUAUAAAAACUCUCAGUCUAGUCCUUGAUGGUCUUGUUUAUCACAAAAAGGCAUCUUUAUGAAUUCUGAGUAUAAUGAGUAUAUUCUAUUAACAUAAAAAUCUCUUACAGGAGCUUUAAAUCAAUUAUAAACAACCUGUUUUGUCAUUGCUUUUUGCAGCUUUUUGUCCCUGUUUUUUUUUGAGUAAAAUCACUCUCAGGGUCAUGCUGUUAUACUGAAUAUCAUCACUGCUCUGAUUACUUGCAAUACUGGAUUCAGCCGUGAUAUUUUUUGGACUUCAUAUUCCUCCACUGUUUUUUGGGAUUCUUUUCUCCGUACUUAUGUUUUCUUUUCCUUGUUUUUAAGGAACAGAUGUCCACAGAAGAACUACGGGUAGGUUUUCUCGAUCAUUGCUCAACAAUUAAAGCACUUUGGCAAAUAAUCCUUGCUAAUUUGUCACCAUAGGUCAUUGAUAAGCACAUGAUCUCUGUGUUUUCUCUGACAUUAAUAUUCUGCCCUCCUCUCCCUCAGGCUCAGCUGGCCGAGAAGACGUCUUUGCUGAGCGAGGUGAAGCUGAAGGAGCAGGGCUUUGUGGAGAAAGUGAGUGCAGAGCUGCAGGGACAAGCGAACAGAAAACCUCAUGCAGUGAUUCCCAGGAUUCUGUGGCCUCCAGCGAGCAGCUCUCCUGCUGCAUCAACUUAAUUACACAGCACAUCUGUUUACAUUUGGUUUAACCCUAUAAACAAUCAGAACAACGCCUCCCACAGCUUUUCUCACACGCAUCGUCAUCCUCACAAACAUCCCCCCGAGGAUGAUCAACAAAUGCUGUGCUCAUGUCCUCAGCAACAAUUAGGCUAAUGCAUAGAAUUAACCCACCGGGGUCAAGUAGCUGUUUUUAUUAAUGGAUCUGUGCAUGCUUGUGUGUUUCUCCACGGUAGAUUCACUCGCUCGAGGACAAGAUUAAAUGUUUCCACCGGAGCACUGUUGUAACUCAUCUUGGGAGCACUUUCAAAGGUAAAGUUGACACCAUGAAUCACUUAGUUCUGCUUCUCGAGCCCAUUUCCUUUUAGAUGAGCACAGCUAAGACACCACGCUGACUGCUUCAGCACAGAGCAAACACCACGGGACGCUGGGACAUAAACUACAAACUGCUGCAGCUUUAUCUCGGUUAUCUUACUGUUUAGUCGUAAUGUGGUUUUAAUGAUAUACUGUGUUGACAUACGAAUUUUAUAGUGUAUGUCCUCAGAGCGCCACUGCUCUGUAGUAUGUCAGUGUUUUGACACGCUACCAGAAAUCUGCGAGCCCCAAAAUCUCUUUAUGGAUGCGAGAUGCAGAUCCAGGGAAAUGUACGAUGGUGUGCGGGUGUUGGGUUUGGUUGAACUCUGCGUUUGAGGAGAGUCCAGCCCCCCUUAGCGUGGUUUUAACCCUGCUGGUUAUGAUUUGGGUCGCAGGUAUAAUUAGGGUUUGGUUAAGGUCAGAGUCAGGGGUUGGGGUUUUAACCACUGUGGUUAUGGUUCGGUUCAGACUGUGGGUCAAUGUAUAUAUUUUGAAGUAUGUCAUAGACUGAUCAUGCUGCAUGCCAGAGAAGGAGGAAGUAGUCCUCACUGGUCGAAAAAAGAGGAACUACAUAAAUCAAAUCAGUCAGUGAAUGUUAAUUCAUUUAGCACCAAUUAAAAAACAAGUCAUCUCUUUAUUAUAUGACUCACAAAGACCCUUCAUUACGAUAAAGAUCCUGUCUUAUCCCAUCUUAACCCACAGUAAACAGAGCUCUUUGUAGCAUUACGCAAGUUAGAGUGGCAGGAAAAAACAAAAAAAACAAAAAACAAAAAAACGGGUCCUGUUCUUUCAACAGGCAGAAAUCUUGAGCAGAUGGGUGCAAAAAAAAGAAAAAGCUCUUUCCACUUUUUAACUACUUUAUUAGUUUUAAGUACAGAUGCAAGAGACCUGAUCAAGCAUAUAAUAGAAUAGAAUAGAACUGAACGAAAUAGAAUGCAAAAGAAUAGCAUGGAAUAGAAUAGAACUGAACGAAAUGGAAUAGAAUAAAGCAGAUAGUGUAGAAUGGAAUGCAACAGAAUAGAACAGAACUGAACAGAAUAGAAUAGAAUGAAGUAGAAUGGAACUGAAUGGAAAAGAAUGGAAUGCAACAUAAUGGUAUUAAAUGGAAUGGAACGGGUUGGAAUAAAAUGGACUAGAGUCGAAUAAAUAAAAAUAGAAAUGAAAUGAACGGAAUGGAAUAGAACAGAGUACAAUUGAAUAAAGUGAUAUGGGAAAGAAAAUAACUGAACAGAAUAGAAUAGAUUAGAAGAGAACAAAUAAAAAUUGAAUUAAAAUGGAAUACAACGGAAUGAAAUAGAGAAGAAUAAAUAAAAAUGGAAUGGAACCGGAAAAAAAACAGAAUGGAAUGGAAAUAAACAGAGUAGAAUGAAAUGGAUUGCACAGAAUAGAAUGGAAUGGAAUAGAAUUGGAAAGAAAAUAUGAGAUUACAUAACCAAACCAAAGAUGAAGUCCAAAGUACACUAAACAAUAUAAAAACAAUAUAUCUGAUAAUAAAAGUUGAUCCUGAAAAGGCUUUUCUAUUUUAAAUCAGGAUGCAUCUGUAGAAAAAGUAAAUGUAAAGCAGAGACUUAAGCGAGAUCUCUGACUCAGCUGAUGGGACCAUCCUCUCCCAUCAUACUGUAUUUGAAGUCUGCUAAAUCACUACACAGAUUUUCCAUGUAUGUCUUGUUAUCAGUCUUCCUCUGGGGUUUCCUGUUGUCCCCUCAGAGUCACACUUAAUGGCAAACAGACCUGAAAUAGCGGAAAGAAAAUGUGGCUGACCCGGAACCAAAAGACUCGAAUAAAAUACGGCCCUGAACCUGUACAGGUCAUAGGCCGGGUCUUUCGUCUUUGGUUUUUGGAGACCUGUGAAGAUCUCAGAGAGAGUAGGUGUAGGAAACAGGGAAGAUUGAGUGAAUUGAACCCCUCUUUCUCUCCUCUUCUCCCUGCUGGUGUAAUAAAGAGAAGCUUCUGUCAGAAGGGGGGGCCUUAGGAAGCCAUGUUUGGAUUUAAUGGCUUUUGCAGAUUGUGGUCUUGACGUGUCCCUGCAGCAAAUACUUCUCAGUCCAGUUCUUUUUAAUACAAAAACUAUAUUCUUAUAAAACGAGUCUCUUCCUCUAAGUAUGUAUAUUCUCAGCCUGGUCAACUCACCAUCAUGAGUACUUUCAGGUAGAAGAGAAGAUCUAAGGGCGGCUGAUAUCUGGUUUCACGUGGGCAGCUUCCUGACUUUUGGGAUUUAAGGCUCAGUUGGGGCGUCUUGGGGUCAGCAGGACAAAGGCUGUGGGAUUUAUUGAUGAGCGGUUAUUUUUGCAGGAGAUCAAAGAGUGUUUGCACCUCUCUAUCACCUUUUCCUGCAAUCAGAUGCUCUCCUCGUGUCUCAAUGAUUAUUCCAGAUAAGCUUAAGUACGUGGGUGUUGUUCCGUAAUGAAGACCUGAUGGGAUGUUCCUCUGGUUAAAGCAGAAGUCUGGGUGUUACCAAUGCAGUUUAAGACUUUCCCAUUCAUAGUUUUUACAGGUAGAGUGCUGUUAUAGCUUCAGGCGAGGAAUUAAAACAUCCAUUCACACUCUUACAGUUUUAAUGUGUUCCUGCUGAGCCUCACUUCGCUUCCCCGUGUUUAGAGUUGGACCUGUUUGAACCUCUUCUACAUGAUUCACAUAAUUAAAUGUUUUUAUUUUUGCCUGGUUUGCUUUUACAGAUCCUGGCAUCUCUGAUGCACUCUCAGAAGCCACAGAGAUAGAGUACCUGAGGAAGGUGCUGUUUGAAUACAUGAUGGGACGGGAAACAAAAGUACGCUCUUUCUUCUUACAUACACACACACAGAAAACAUUUUGCUAUCAUUUAUAGAACUCAGUUUUUACUUCUUCAUCAAUAAUUUGUCUCAGCUAUCAUUAUUAAUAGUUGUUUGACAAGUCCUUGAUUUUUUUUUUUUAAUGACAUGCAUAAACGUAGCAACAAAUGCAAUACAAAAGUUUGAAGAGCGCUGUGUUGUUGCCCUGGAUUAAAUUAGGGCUGGGCAAUAGACCGAAAAUUACAGAUGCCCAUAUCAAUAUAUUCGGUGUCAAAAAAAUAAAUAAAUAAAAGUUGGUUUUGGAUGUGUGUAGGUAGGCUAUGGUCUUAUGUCCCUUUAAGACGCUGUCCUAAGUUAGAGACAUGACUUCACUCCAUCCAGUCUGUAACAAAGUGGGAAAGACAGGUGAGGAGGUGGAGGACGGUUCAAAAGUUAUAGUGGCUGGAGUACACAAAGUUAAUGUGGGAGGGGGUGAGCAGCUUGAGGAGUAGUUAUCGUCCAUUUAUCGUUAUGGAGGUAAACUGCUCAAUAUAUCUUGAUAUUGAUUUUCAGGCCAUAUUGCCCAGCCCUAAUUAAAAGUGGUAAUUUAUUUUUCUCAGUCUUGAGAAAUGAAGCCAAUAACGUAGUAAAACCUGCAGUUCCCUGAGUGUCCACUAGAUGUUGGCUGCAGAAGCACUGAAAACCACAUACACACAAAACCAAAGAAGCCUAUUUAGAGCAAAAACAAACACAUUUGCAUGCUGGUUCAAGGCAUCCAAUGUAAAUAUCUUUGCAAAGCAUUUGUUUCAGCGAAUCAGAGGCACAGCUGACUCGACCGACAGGAAUUAGGGCAUUCAUGAUUUCACAUUUCCACCUCGUGUCAUUAUUUUGAUGAUCCUCCCAUCGACAUCGAAAUAACGACAGGAGAGCAGAUAGCAGGAGAGCAGGAGAGAGAUAUCAAACCACUGGAGCUCGGUCUGCACUUGUUGCAUCAUAUGGAAAACAUAAACCCAUGACUUAAUCACUCUUUCCUUGAGACUGAUGGGCUGAAAUUUCUAAACAAAUUAGGAUGAGGUCCAUGAACUAAACCCUUACAUGGUAGUCUGUCCAUCCCACCGUUUUUAUUGGGGUUCCCCAUGACCUCCAUCAGCCACACAAGUCGUGGGACCAUAAAGUCCACCAUGUAAAAGUCAUGUUGCGUCCAGUGUUCUCAGGUUAAAUUAACACUGAACUCUCUAAUUAACGGUGCUGUUGACAUGGUCCUAAAGUCAGCAGGAUUUUCCCAGCUCCUCAGCAAACAGUCGGUCUUUAUGGCGGCGCUGCAGACCUCCGCAGUGUGGAGGAUGUCCCCCAGGCUCCCUGCGAGCACGUACAGCGCACAUGACGCAGAUUUACCAUCCAGAGACAUACUGGUCUUGUUUAGCGUUAGCUGAGCGGUUAUGGUUCCUACACAGCAGCCCUGUUUCUGAUUAUCCCCCGUGUUUAUGGGGGAUUCAUGCACCCUGGCAGAGCGGCCUGGAGUUGAUUUCUCCCCUUUUUUGGUCUCGUUGGGUUUUAAUUGUUGCAGAUUCUCUCAGUAGCUUGAAUAGGUCAUUGUGGGAAAAGCAGGGAGCUGCUGGAUCUGUUUUUUACGAGAGGGAAGUUGAAAAUUUGUCCAGGCAACAUAAACGAAGCAUAUAUUAUAGCAUGUUUCACACAAGAGGCCACUGAAAACAAAUACGGCUUCUGUUAAUGAAAAAUGAUGCCAGGAGGAAAAAAAGACCAUCAGUAUGUGUCUAAACAGGGAAAAUAGACAUUAAACACUCAUUAAAAUCACAUUAUAAAAAGGUUCUGAACUUCAUUAUAACUAAUUUGAAAAAACCAAGACAAACAAGGCACAUUUGAACCACAAGGCCUUAAAGCCCUGCUUCAAUGUUAUGUUUUUUUUGUGUUAUUAUCCAAAUGCACACAUAAGAGACCAAAUAGAAACACAGACACAUUUUAUCAUCAUCACAGUUCAAAUAAAAGUCUUUUUAAAGCUCCAGUGAGGAACUUUUGGUUUGUGCCAGCUUUGGCGCCCCCUGUGGACAAAACAGUCAUUGCGUAUCAUGUCCUUUACAAGCUUAAGUACCAUCUUUUGACAAAAACUUCCUUCCUGCUGACUUUUGACAGUCAAAUGUCUAAUUUACUGGAUGUAUUUUACUUGUCAAUUGUAAAAACAUGGCUGACAUCUACCCUCUCACACUGAUUUUAGACAUUAAACAUUGGGAUAUAAAAGUCAUCUAUUGCUCUGCUGAUGAACUUAUUUGCUGUGAGAUGUCAUAAAAAGGCAUAAAUAUAAAUUUCAGUCUAUUUCACAAAUGUCAAAAAACUCCUUAUAGGAGCUUUAAAAAUGUUUUCAUUAACAUUGCUAUCUAUCUGUUUUAAAGGGGACACAGCUGCAGAGUGAUAGGUUGAUGUUAAAGGCCUCAACAAGGAGAAUCAUGAAGAAACACACGAUAGGGAGUCAAUUAUGAAUACAUUUUUUGGACUUUUUGGGAGUUUAUUUAGAGAAUUUUAACAGUGGAUAGAGGAGGAAACAGAGAGAUGGGAAUAAUCUGCCAACUUUGAGGACAGUGGGGCAUGAGACUGAACCGCUUAGGUAGACCACCACCCCAGAGCGCUGAGUUACUGUUUGUUUUUAAAAUGAAUUAUCUUUUUGGCACUAGCAUUAACUGAUCCAACUCCUUUUAAUUAAACUAUUUAUUCACAUAGAUAAGUUGAACUCAGCGUAAUAACAUAAAAACUUAAACCUUUUAAACCAAAGAUAGAUUAAAGCCAAAUGUCCCUUUUAAAUAAUAAACACAAAAUUUUUCCUCUGUAUUUUUUCAGACGAUGGCCAAAGUGAUCACCUCCAUGCUCAAGUUUUCUCCUGAGCAAGCGCAAAAGGUCCUGGAGAAAGAAGACUCAAAAGCUGUUGUAAGUUAAUGUUUUUCUGCUCUGCACUUAAAUAAUAUUUAUCAUUAAAUAUUAACGUUGAUGUCCUGUGUGUCUCCUCAGCCUUGGUUACGAUGAGUGUUGGAUGAAUUCGGGUAUUUUCGAUGAAAAUCUGCUGCUGCUGCUACUGCUGAAGGGGAAGACUGCCAUGGACUCAUUACGCCCUUCUCUCUCUGCAUUUCUUGUCAUUUUAUGCUUGUGUGUGGGUGAGUGUUUGUUUGUGUUGAAGCACCAAUGGGGCAUAAUUGUGGUGUGUGUGUGUGUGGUGCAGUAUGUGUGACCAUAUCUAAAGGUAUGAGGGAAUUAGAGAAAAUCUUCCAUCAAUCCUCUCUCCUCCUGUUUGUUAAUUUAUACGUUUUAGAUUAAGUUAAAUCGUUCCCUUUCAUGUAGUCCACGCUGAUAAGGAUCGGCUUGUGCAAUAAAAUGACCCCGUUAUCUUGUGUUGAUGCUGACAGGUCAGUUGAUUUAAAGGUUUCUGUGUCGUGUUGUUCGUCUGAAUCACUUCCUGUGUAAAACUGUAAACGACCCUUUAACUGUGCACUCGCACCACAUUAACAUGUACCGGCCUCUGGACCUUGUUUGUGUAACACAGCUUUUCUAUGCUUUAUAUUUGUCACUGAUGCUGACAUAGAAACACACAGAAAUGAAAAAAAAACACACAAACUGUAAAUUGUAUGAUGGUAAUUAAACUGUAUUAUAAGGCACUAUAUGACUUGCUACAUUUUCAGAAUAACAGAUUAAAUCUUAUUUACAGAACA